UCUGGGCCGGGGUUGCACUCAGUGGUGCUGACGGUGGAAGAGGUGGGGCUGGAGCUGAAGCCGGAUCUGGAUCCGGAUCCGGUGCUGUGUACUCCGGCGGUGGAGUCCGACGAGCCUGGAGAGGAGCUCAGACUGGGGGCCUCCUUCGGUCUUACUGAAAAGAUGAAACCUGAUGAAACACCUAUGUUUGACCCAAGUCUACUCAAAGAAGUGGACUGGAGUCAGAAUACAGCUACGUUUUCUCCAGCUAUUUCCCCAACACAUCCUGGAGAAGGCCUGGUUUUGAGACCUCUUUGUACUGCUGACUUAAAUAGAGGUUUUUUUAAGGUAUUGGGUCAGCUGACAGAGACUGGAGUUGUCAGCCCUGAACAAUUUAUGAAAUCUUUUGAGCAUAUGAAGAAAUCUGGAGAUUAUUAUGUUACAGUUGUGGAAGAUGUGACCCUAGGACAGAUCGUUGCCACAGCCACUCUGAUAAUAGAACAUAAAUUCAUCCACUCCUGUGCUAAGAGAGGAAGAGUAGAAGACGUUGUCGUUAGUGAUGAAUGCAGAGGAAAGCAGCUCGGCAAAUUGUUAUUAUCAACUCUUACCUUGCUGAGCAAGAAACUGAACUGUUACAAGAUUACCCUUGAAUGUCUACCACAGAAUGUCGGUUUUUAUAAGAAGUUUGGGUAUACAGUAUCUGAAGAGAACUACAUGUGUCGGAGGUUUCUGAAGUAAAAAUCUUUAAAGAAAGACAGCUAUCAAAGGAGCUAAUGCUGCAAGCUUAUUCCCUUCCUAGAAUUAAAAUAUUUUGUUGUGGCAACCCAGAGAGACCUCCAUAAAUACUGGACUGGCAAAAACACUGUAAUACUGAAAGUAUAAUGACAUUUAGAAGAUUAUUUUGGGCUGGUGGGACAUGCUGUGAAUAGAUUACAGAUGAAUUAUUACAAAGGGGAUGAUGAUUUUUAACCAAAGGAAUAUAUUUUUAACUUGAAUCUUUUCUUGCAUUGUAUUUUUCUAAAGUUUGGCUUCAUUUCUUGGUAGUCAAGAGUACGGGUAGUAAGGAGUUAUGGCCGCUAUCCAUACUGCUCAUUUUUUAAAAAGUACACAUUGAAUAAGGCUGUAUCUUAUAAAGUUAAAUACUUUUGUUUCAGAGAAACACACAUGGAUAUACUUACAGGUGGAUGAUUUCCAACACAUUACAUGAAGUUGGAUAAAUUAGUUAUAACUCUGUAUAGUGCAGUCCAACAUUUGUAGACCCUAAUUCUGGUAAACAACCUGGUCAGUCUUUUAAAGAAGUAGAAUAAACAAAAUUACCUUGUAAACUGUGACAUGAUUCAAAUAAUUGAAACAUUUAAAUAAGUUUAUAUAGUUCUAUGUAGAUAAAGUAGCACCUAUCUUAUCUCUGAAACACAAUAAUUAUUCAUUAAAAAUACCUAAGAGUAAAUAUAAGGGGACAUUGGAGUUAUUAAUUAGCAAAUCUGAACAUUUGUAUUCUACCCCGGUUACACUUUUCAUAGGUUUCUGAAAGUCUCUCUUCUGAAUAACAUUUUUAUGGAAAAUGGAGUAUUACAAAAUCAAGUGGAAUACUUUAAAAAAAUGUAUUGUAUUGCAUUUUUGACAUUCUUAAAAUAUUGAUGGAAACUUUUCUAUUUAAUGUGAUCAUAAUGGUACUAUUCUGGUCACUAUCCUGUUUCGACUUUAUUUAAUUAUUUUUUACAGCUGAAAUUAAGAAUUCAAUAUUUAUUAAUGGUUCUAAUCUUUUGCAUUCCAUGUUACAUUAAACCUGUUCAUAAAGGUGAA